AUGCCCGCUCCCGGGGAGCUUGGGUCGGCGCACGAUGAUGUCAAGAAAUAUUGGCCAAAGAGGCAAUGGCCCCUGGGUUGGGAGAUUUGUGAGCAGUAUUUCAGUACGAGUGAGAUUGAGAGAGAAGUGCAGGGGGAGUGUGGGAAGGAAGGGAAGUUUUAUACGAUACAGAUGCUUGUCGUGAGUAGUGGUUACGAGGGUCAGAACGUGGAGCAGGGCCUGGUGCAUUGGGGAGUUAAGCAGGCUGCAGUUGAAUGCAUGCCUGUGUUGGCGAUUGCGACUCCGCAUCAGAAAGAACUGUAUGAGAGCCAUGGAUUCCAGGUGAAGAGAAAGGUGGAGGUGAAACCGGGUCAUGAGAGGGUUUACUUGGUGAAGGAUACUGCAGUUUGA